AUGGAGAUGGACGGCGCCUGCGAGUCGCCCGCGGAAAAAGGCGGAGAGACGGGGGCGCCCGACGAGGUGGCCGCAGCCCCCGCGGGCCCUGGGGCCCCCGACGCGGACGGACACCCUGAGGAAACGGACGCGGACGGAGACGGGGACUUGAAAGAAGCCGCAGCUGAGGAAGGCGAGCUCAAGAGUCAGGACAUCUCAGAUUUAACAGAAGUUGAAAGGGAGGACUCAUCAUUACUUACUCCUGCAGCCAAAAAGCUGAAAAUAGAACCCAAAGAAAAGAAAGAGAAGAAACAGAAAGUGGAUGAAGAUGAGAUUCAGAAGAUGCAAAUCCUGGUUUCUUCUUUUUCUGAGGAGCAGCUGAACCGUUACGAAAUGUACCGCCGCUCAGCUUUUCCUAAGGCGGCCAUUAAACGGCUGAUCCAGUCCAUCACUGGCACCUCCGUGUCUCAGAACGUGGUUAUUGCUAUGUCGGGUAUUUCCAAGGUUUUCGUCGGGGAAGUGGUAGAAGAAGCCCUGGAUGUGUGUGAGAAGUGGGGAGAAAUGCCACCACUACAACCCAAACACAUGAGGGAAGCUGUUCGGAGGUUAAAGUCGAAGGGGCAAAUACCCAACUCGAAGCACAAAAAAAUCAUCUUCUUCUAG